UCCCCAUAAAAACCAAAAGCCAAAUGACCAAACCAAAUACCACCACCAAUUUCGACUUACUCCUCAAGCCCAUCGCCGCCGUCAUCAAUGCCGCCUCAGCUACCGCCAAACCCGAUAUCUUUCCAUUAAACGCGGCAGCUGCUUCUUUAUCAUUAUCAUCCAAAUGUCCUACUCUCAUUCUCACUCAACUCCCGUGAACAACUCCUCUGGCUCUGCUGGUAGUAGCAGCAGCACCAGCUUGUCUCGUGGUGAGGACGCGGGGGAAGUGGUACCGUGGGAACCUGACACGUCUUCCCACCAUCAAUUUCCAUGUCUUCACGAUUAUCCACCGUCCGAUGAGGAUACCAUUUCAAAACUCAUUGACCUGGAAUCCCAUCAUAUGCCUUUACCCGAUUACCUUCAACGUUGCCAGGACCGUUCUGUCGACAUCAUUGCCCGCCAAGACUCCAUCAAUUGGAUCCUAAAGGUCCAUGCAUACUAUAAUUUCAGCCCAGUAACUGCGUUUCUCUCCGUCAACUAUUUCGACCGAUUCCUCUCUUCUCAUUCUCUUCCCGAAGCAAAUGGGUGGCUGUUUCAGCUUCUAUCGGUGGCUUGUUUAUCUUUGGCAGCAAAAAUGGAGGAACCCGAAGUGCCAUUGUUACUGGACCUUCAAGUAUUCGAACCCAGAUUCGUUUUCGAACCUAAAACCAUCCAAAGAAUGGAGCUUCGUGUCAUGGCCACUCUCAAUUGGAGACUACGUUCCGUAACUCCGUUUGAUUAUCUACAUCACUUCGUUUGCAAGCUCCCUUCUUGCUCCACCCUGUUACCCGAUUCUUUUGCUUCUGUCAUCUCUGCUUCUUCGGAUCUCAUUCUCAACACCACUCGUGUUAUUGAUUUCUUGCGAUUCGCGCAGUCGACGAUGGCGGCAGCCGCCGCGCUUUGUGCCGCCGGAGAGGGUUUUGAAUUUCCGGCUACUGAAGCUAUUUUUUACGAGAGUGUAAACAAAGAAAUGGUGAGAAGCUGUCACCAACUAAUGGAAGAAUAUUUGGUCGACACAUGUCCAUCUACUCGGCUCAAGGAGCGAAGAGUCGAGCAGCCACCCGCACCUCCAAGCCCAGUCGGUGUUCUCGACGCGGCUGGUUGCGGCAGCUGUGACACGCGCUCCGAGAAUCCUGGCUCCAGUAGCCAAGAAGAGCCGCCACCCAAGCGGUUACGGUCCUCUGCUCCGGAUGUACAGAAAUCGUAGAUAAGACCCACCCCCUGCUCCAUCUAUCUCUUAAGAAAGUGUGGAACUUUUUUUUGUCAAUAGUUAUUUAAAUGAUGAAGGGUCGGGAUUGGAUGAUAUAAAGGGAAGAGGGAAUUUAGUUGUUAAUCAUUAUUAUAAUUAUUGUUAUUUUUAAGAGCUAAAUAUGUAAAAAAUAAACGAUCCGAUUAACGUGUAUUUAUAAAUAUCGUUUUAAAAAAUUACAUUUUUUAC